UAGAUUUUUUCUCUCGAUCAGGUUGAUAUCUUUAAACCUACUUUGUUGACUUCAGAUUUAGUUCAUUGCUCUCUCUCUCUUUCACUUCGAUUUAUGGGGGAUUUAUGCAGUUCAACUUUUGCUCUUAAGCUCACUGCUGAGAAAUUUUCUGCAGCUUAAUUAUCUUGGGAAAUUGUUUCCAUUUGAGCUAGUGUUUUCCGGCUAGUUUUGUUUUUAAUUUAGCCUUGCAGUUUCGCUUAGGUGAAUUGGAGAACUGUGACUAAGUCUUACUAAAAAUUUUGAAUUUGGAAAUGGAUUCAUGCUGUGGAAAGGACUGGAGGCAAUUUUUGAACCAUCCCCUCAAGCUGCUUCACCUCUUAGUGUUCUUUGUUUUUUGUUGGCUGGGAACGUUUGUGUGCUGUCACAGUUACCAGCAAUGUUUACACCGAUAGCUGUGGCUUUGGUAGUGGGUUUUCUGGGUUGGGCUUAUCAGGCAUUAAAACCUCCUCCACCCAAAAUAUGUGGGUCACCAGGUGGUCCUCCUGUUACUUCACCCAGAGUCAAACUCAGUGAUGGGAGGCAUUUGGCCUACAGAGAGGCAGGAGUUCCCAAAGAAGAGGCUAAGUACAAGAUUAUUGUUGUUCAUGGCUUCAACAGCUCCAAAGAUUUGAAAAUAUCUGCCUCCCAAGAAUUUAUUGAAGAGCUGAGGAUAUAUUUCCUUUUAUUUGAUAGAGCGGGUUAUGGAGAGAGUGAUCCACAUCCAUCACGUUCUGUGAAGAGUGAAGCAUAUGACAUUCAAGAGCUUGCAGACAAGUUGCAGAUUGGACCUAAGUUUUAUGUGAUGGGAAUUUCAAUAGGAGGUUACCCCAUGUGGAGUUGCCUAAAAUACAUUCCAAGCCGGUUGUCAGGUGCUGCUCUAAUUGUUCCAUUUGUAAACUAUUGGUGGCCUUGUUUUCCUGCCAAUCUUUCAAGACAGGCCUUUAGGAAUCUGCUAACAUCAGAUCAGUGGGUUUUCCGAAUUGCCCAUUAUGCCCCUUGGCUGUUCUAUUGGUGGAUGACUCAAAAAUGGUUCCCCACGCUUAGUAUCCUCUCGGGGAACAUGUCACUUUUUACCCCCCAAGAUUUAGAUAUUCUGAAGAAGCUUUCAGAAGGCCCCAUUUCUGAUCAGGAGAAGAUACGGCAGCAAGGUGAUCAUGAAUCAUUGCAUCGAGACACGAUUACUGCUUUUGGCAAAUGGGAGUUUGAUCCUUUAGACGUUACACAUCCUUUCCCUGAUAACGAGGGCUCAGUUCACAUCUGGCAAGGCAAUGAAGACGGACUAAUUCCGCGUGAACUGAAUCGUUUCCUCUCAGAGAAGAUACCUUGGAUUCGAUAUCAUGAGGUUCCUAAUGGUGGGCAUCUUUGGAUAUUUGAGAGCAGUUUAUGUGAAGCUGUCUUAAGGGAGCUUUUUCUUGGAUGAAGCAGACCAGUGGUACGAAGCCUCCUUCAAUGAGGCUACUACCUAAUAUGCUUGAACUCUCCUUAAUAAGUUGCUUAAUGGAGGAACUAUGCUUGUGGUAUGAAACCACUUUCAAGACAUCCUCAUAGCUAAGUCUUGCCUUGAGGCAUUUCUACUUUUCAGGAAUCACUAUCUAGACUAGAUGUCAAAAACAUUUGCACUUUAGUUUAGGAGCAUAACAUUUGAUCUGCACAGUUUGGAUCUUGGAGUUAUAUAUUGAAUUUGAUGAAAUUUAAUAUAACUUUAUAUUAUAUUUUGACUAAAUUUAAAGCUUGAAGUCUAUAAUCCCAAACACCAAGUAUAGGUUUUCUCUU